AUGUUCCACCAGCUGACGGAUCAAACACUGAAUGGCAGCUGUCAAGGACCCACCUCAGUGUGCAAUAAGAGCGCUAAUGGAGACGCGCUAGAGCUUCCCACUUUCUCUACAGCAGCCAAAGUCAGAGUCAUCAUUACCUUCACUCUGUGCGCAGUGUCAGCUGUAUGCAACUUGGCCGUGCUGUGGGCUGCCAGCAGCGGCGGCAAGCGCAAGUCUCACGUCCGGAUCCUCAUAAUGAACCUCACGGUGGCGGACCUGCUGGUGACUUUCAUCGUGAUGCCGGUGGACGCGGUGUGGAACAUCACGGUGCAGUGGCAGGCGGGAGACAUCGCCUGCAGGCUGUUGAUGUUCAUGAAGCUGGUGGCGAUGUACUCCUGCGCUUUUGUGACAGUGGUCAUUAGUUUGGACAGGCAGUCCGCCAUCCUCAAUCCGCUGGGAAUCAGCGAGGCCAAAAGGAAGAGCAAAAUCAUGUUGACUGUGGCCUGGACGAUGAGUGUCAUCCUCUCACUCCCUCAGAUGUUUAUAUUUCACAAUGUAACCAUCACUGUCCCAGAGAACUUCACCCAGUGCACCACCCAUGGCAGUUUUGUCCAGCGCUGGCAGGAGACCCUUUACAACAUGUUCACGUUUGUGUGCCUCUUCCUCCUGCCUUUGGCCAUCAUGAUCUUCUGCUACACACGAAUCCUUGUUGAGAUAUCCAGUCGUAUGGCUCGGAAUAACUUGCUGUCAAGAGAUGUUCAUCUUCGCCGAUCCCACAAUAACAUCCCCAAAGCUCGGAUGAGAACCCUUAAAAUGAGUAUUGUCAUUGUGACUUCGUUCAUCAUCUGCUGGACCCCAUACUAUCUGCUUGGAUUGUGGUAUUGGUUGUUUCCGGAAAAAAUGGAAGAGACAGUCUCGCAUUCACUGACUCAUAUGCUGUUCAUCUUUGGCCUUUUCAAUGCCUGUUUAGAUCCUAUCACCUAUGGUCUGUUUACCAUUCAUUUUCACAAGGGUAUGAGAAGACACCGUCAAAGUUCAAACAGACGGAUCGAGUUAGAAACCAACACCUGCCUUGUACAAAUGACUCGUCUGCCCUCUCGCAGGCAGAUUGCCUCAGAUGUUCACAGUGUAAACACAGAGGAGGUAAGCGACAGCAACAUCACAAAAAAUGUCUCAAGCCCAGAAAUCUCAAUCAGUAAGAUAUGA